AUGACCAAAUCAGAUAUAGGAGUGAUCGGUAUGGGUGUUAUGGGCUCUAAUCUGGCUCUUAACCUUGUUGAACACGGCGUAUCUACAUCGAUCUAUAAUAGAAGUUACGAAAAAACUGAAGCUACUUAUGAAAAAGCCAAGAAUAUUAUCUCAAACGACGCGAUGCAAGCUUUCAAAACGUUGGAAGAUUUUGUUGACUCUUUAGCCUUUCCUAGAAAAGUUAUAAUUAUUAUUACUAGUGGUGAAGCGACCGACGCUAUGAUUAACGCACUGAUACCUUUGCUAAGCAAAGGCGAUAUUAUUCUUGAAGCGUCCAACGCCUAUUAUAAAGACACUCUAAGAAGAAUGGAGGUGCUGAAGGCUGUGGGCAUACAUAAUUUGGGUGUUGGAGUAUCUGGUGGUGAAGAAGGAGCUAGAAAUGGUGCCUCAAUCAUGGUUGGAGGAGACGCACAAGUUUACGCAUUAGUAGAGCCUUUUCUAGCAAAAGCAGCCGCUGAAUCUGUUUUUGGUAAAUGUGUAGCUCGAGUAGGCGAUAAAGCGUCGGGACAUUUUGUGAAGAUGAUUCACAACGGGAUAGAAUACGCAAUCAUGGAAUUUAUUGCAGAAAUUUAUAUGCUUUUCGUUGAGGUCUACAAAUUUUCUGCUGGAGAAAUCAGUGAGAUUUUCGACAAAUACAACAACACAAAACUCAAGUCUUACCUGAUGGAAAUCUCAAGCAUUGUUACUAAAACAAAGAACCCAGAUAAUCCAAAAGAGUUUUUAAUUGACAACGUAUUAGACAUUGCCGGUGCUAAAGGUACAGGCAAAUGGACUAUUCAAGAAAGCGUUGCGUACGACUAUCCAUGCCCCACUAUUGCUGCAGCGGUAUAUAUGCGUAACAUAAGUGGCUGGAAAAAGUUACGAUUGGAAUACAACAAACUGCCACCAACACCCAAAGAAUUCAUCAAACAUGUUGAAGAAUCUCUAUAUGGAGCUGUUCUUGUGGCACACCUUGAAGGUUUGAUGUUGAUGAAACACAUUUCCGAAAAGCUCAAUUUCAAUGUCGAUUUCUUAAAUGUUUUGAAAGUAUGGGCAAAUGGAUGCAUAUUAAGAAAAACUUCGAUAGAAUUUUCUACAGUAUUGUUGAUUGAAUUAGAAGUGGCUGGCGUUGAACUAACGGUUCCAUUAGCUGAAUUUUUCGAAAGUUCUUGUAUUCCGGUGGAAUUUUGA